CGCGUCUCCGUGGGUGAGCCGCUGGGGAUGGGCACUAGGGGUUUCUCCCCGUCUUGGCUACGGCAAACGGUGCUGCUACGACCCUCCAGAGUCAUCCCUCCACCGCUGCCCUUCCGCCUGCGUUACACUAAGGCGGUUUUCUGCCGUGCUAGCCAGCGCCCGGAGCCCCAGCCCACCGCCGAGCCUGAGCAACCUGCGGCACCGCGCGCCAGGGUGGCACGCACGCUCACCCGCCAGCCCGCCCACACGGCGUGCUCUCCCACCACCUCCCUCACGCCACAGCCCCCUCAGGGUCACCGCCUGCCCUCUGCCUCUCCCGCCAGGCCCCAGGCUCGGGCCCCAUCUACCCGCCACCGUCCCCCUGCAGCCCCGGGCCAUCCCUCACACGCCCUCCCCUGCCCUGGCGUUCACCAGUGCGGGCCUGCCUCCAGCUCCGCAGACCCACCCCUGCCACCCGCCCACCCCGACCGCACACCUGUCCCAGCCUCACACGGGUGCCUGGCACGGCGUCGCCACCGCCUCCAUGCUUCUGCAGAGGCCCUGCUCGAGUGGCCGGCCCAUCUCUCGGCCAGGUCCCCGCGAGUCCCAUGCCUCCCCUUCCCGCCGGCCCUCCACGCAGACGCCACGCCCAAGCACCCCUGGGCCUGCCUCCCCGAACCCGGCUCGCUGCCGCCCCCUCUCCCUGCGAUGGCUCUGCCCCGGUCCCUGAUCCUCGUGGGAGCACCCACCAGCCAUGGCCCCAGGCAGCUUCGUCCCGCACUCUCACCCACGCACGCUGACGCCCACGGCCCCGGCAGGGGCGUCGAGGAAACCUCCUGCGGCGAUGGCUAG